CAGUUACCGGUAAAUGCGCUUGUCCAGACACGUGGAUAACCUAUCAUGAUGCAUGCUACCUCUUUGCGCAGAAUGAGAAGGCUACCUUCAUUGAAGCCGAGCAUCUUUGUGAACAACAUUCUGCCAGGCUAAUUGAGAUUGGUGAUGCCCACGAAAACAACUUUGUGUUGAGUGUUCUUGCAGACCAUAAAGACAUGUAUUGGUGGAUAGGACUUUCAGACAGAACAAUAGAGGGAGAGUGGCGAUGGCUGUCGAGUGAUGAUAUACCUUCUUAUACAUACUGGGACACUGCUGAUCAUCAGCCGGAAAACCACAACGCUCUUGAUCAGGAUUGCGCUUCUCUCCACAUCCCAAGCGGCUACAAAUGGCACGAUGACGUAUGUAGCGGUCAACACGCCGUCAUCUGUGAGAAACUAUCUGAGUCAGAGGUCAUUCCAAUCGGAUAGAAAAUAGUGUUGUAUCCGUGUACAUAGAAAGAGAGACAUUGCAUCGACGAAAAACUAUAAUGAAGCGCACUAAUAGUUCGCAGAAAGCUAUUUUCCAAACAAUGAAAACAUGUUCAAUGAUAAAUUUAUGUUACGCUGUCAAGAAUGUCAAAAAUGAUUACUGCUAUUUCUAGUUUACAAUAUAUAUAUUUUUGA